UUCCGCCAAGACAGCCUUCAAGAGAAAGCGCGAACGCAGUCCCCCGCCACCACCAAUUACGCAGUCCAGUUUCCCACGUUUGGGGAAAUCGCAGGAGUCAGCACAUACGGAGUGCAAUGCAUAAGUCUUGCCCUGGAAAAACCAACUUCGUGAUCACGCUAUUUCCCCUGCCAGGUAAGUAUGAGUGCACACACCUCCGCCCUGCCACAGCUCCAUACGCCUCACCCCUUACACGCACGAUCACUUGCCCCGCGCAUCUCCCACCCCGCCCCCAUGCCGCCCCGAGUCCUCCUAGCCCUGACACACAGCUGGGACUAUCACGUCCAACCGGCGGUCCCGGACUAGCUCCCACAGCACGAGAAAUCCUUCGUGGCAAAGCAGCAGCCCCUGAGCUGCCUCAUCUACACAGGAAUCGCCCUAUCCGUGAUGUCACCGACAGCGCCUUUCCCGUCCCCGUCUGCUCUUCCGCCCCACCCUCUGCCACUCAGCCAACCAACCAGCUGCGGGAGCCGGCGGAGGAAGUGACACCUGACUCUACCUCCUUUCCCUCCCAUCCCCGUCCCUGGUCUCUCCCAAAGAAGUAGGUUCUUAGCCUGUAAUGCCAAGGACCCCUUUGGCGGCCAGCUGGAGCCUGGGCGCUUUUCUUCAAAUAAUGGCUUUUAAAGCUCAGACUAGAAAGUUUAGGAUUACAAAGAAAACAGGUUCUUUUCACAUACGGUUAUCCUUGUGAUGCAGCAUUCCGCUUGACAUUUGGAAGUUGUUCAAUAUCAGAGAGAAACCGUAUCUAUGAAACUAGAGAGGCUGCUCAGAUGACUGCAAACCAGCCAUCCUUACUAGGAGUGUUAUAAAGACGGUCGUCCAGUUUCAUGAAUCUUGUAGGGUUUUUUUUCAAAUACAGCAAUGUACAAAAAUGUGCUGCCCCAGCAGAGCACACUGGACACUCAGGCAUGGUGCUGGAGUUUGUCAUCUCUUCACUGCCUUCUCUAGACCUUAGCGCUUACCUCAUGUUAACACUUUAUAUGCUGCGAAGACAGAAACAAAGUCAUCCAAAUUUGGCAAAAAUAUUUGGGGGAAAUUUGAUUUCAGGUGUUUAACUGAUUACUUUUA